CUCCUCUUCUCGUACCAUCGCGUCGCUAACAGCGCUAGUUGCUACACCCGCCACUAGCGCGCUCCGGUGUGAAAUGUCAGCCGUUAACCAAACGAAUCCUCUGGUUUUCUUCUAGUCGUGACAAUAAUGACGAUAACCUAGCCGUUUACAGAUACAUUAGCGUCGGGGUUGCCCGCUUAGCCAGUCGUAACUCCAGAAGUGUGAAGCUGCUGGCUAACCCGUAGCUAGAUGAGAGGCUGUUAGCCGAGGUGUGGGCAGGUCGCUGUAGCCUCUCUAGAGCCGCUCUCCCCCAGCUGAAGAGCCGCCCUCCGCCCGCUGCAGAGCCGCUCUCCUCCCGCUGAAGAGCCGCCCUCCGCCCGCUGCAGAGCCGCUCUCCUCCCGCUGAAGAGCCGCUCUCCGCCCGUUGCAGAGCCGCUCUCCUUCCGGAGGAGUGGGCAGGUCGCGGUAGAGCCUCCUCCCGGAGGUGUGGGCAGGUCGCUGCACAGCCUCUCUAGAGCCUCUCUCCUCCCGGAACCGGGUUCAUGUCGGCCCGUCAGACACAGCCACACCUUGCGGGAGAGCAGACACCCUGCGUUUAAUGUUUCGCCAGGACGUCAGUGUGCCGUCUUUUAUUCCGUCUUGUUUGUAUCUUUUCCAACACGAGAAGAGGAACAUGUCCAGGUACAACGUGUACAGCCUUCUGGACUGGGUCUACGGCGGCGUGGACCCCAAGUUCGAGGGCAACGGGGGCCCCGAGUGCGCCGCGUUCCUGGCGCCCCAGCAGCGGCUGAGCGAGAGCCUGGUGGUCGUCCUCAUCUCCCUCGUUGAGAUUGCCCUGUCGCUGAGGAAGAUCCGCCGCUCGAAGGAGCUUCAGGUCCCGGGAAGAGACUGGACCCGGACGCAGAAUCAGGACAGUCUGGGGAAGAACCUGUUGCUGGUCUCCCUGUGCAUGACUUUUGGGAUUGAGGUCGGGUUCAAAUUUGCCACCAAGACUGUGAUCUACCUGUUGAACCCCUGCCACGUGAUGACCAUGGUGCAGAUCUUCCUCCUGGCCUGUCCACCAUGCAAAGCCUCCAUGAUCAUCUUCAGGCUGCAGGUCCACAUGCUGAACGGCGCUCUCCUGGCUCUGAUCUUCCCCAUCCUCAACACCAGAUUGCUGCCAUUUGAGAAGGAGAUCUACUACAUCCAGCACGUGAUGCUCUACCUGGUGCCCGUCUACCUGCUGCGGAAAGGAGGUGCCUACAAGCCGGAGCCCCUGGGGGACAUGUGGUGGGCCCUCCUCUCCACGGGGAUCCUGUUCCUCUAUCACUUCAUCUUCCUGCAGGGCCUGGGCAUGGUGACGGAGGUGAACCUGAACAGCAUGCUGUGUCCGGCCGUGUCGGACCCCUUCUACGGGCCCUGGUACCGCGUGUGGGCCACGGCGCACCAGACGCUGCUCACGCUGCUGCACGGCAAAGCGCUCACCUUCCUGUGCCAGCACGCCGCGCCCGCCUGCCACGCCCUGCUCGACUCCGCCCGCCUGCGCAGCAAGAAGAUGGACUGACCUCCUCCUCCACCUCCGUCUCCUCCUCCACCUCCGUCUCCUCCCAGUCCUCCUCCUCCUCCACUCCGUUCGACCACGUUCGCCUUUUCGUUCCAGUAUGCCUGUUUUCGUUCUGUUCUCGUUUUCUUUCUUUACUUUUGUAAAAGACUCUCUCUCUCUCUCUCUCUCUCGCUGUCUCUCUCUCGUUAUGUGAGUAUUCUCUGAGGUCCGUGAACGUCCUUCUUUCUAGUGAUGAGCCCGGCUCUGCUCUCAUGCUUAGAACAGGGACCCCCUGGUGCCCUGAGACCCUCAGGGAUCCCUGGGGGUCCAGAGACCACCUGGGGGUCCAGAUACAGCUGGGGGGCCCCUGGGGUCUUGAGUCAGGUCCCAGCGCGGGUCGGAGAGGAGAUCUCUAGAAUCUACUCCAGGGAACUUCUCAGCAAAGGUUUUGGUUCUGUUGCCUUGUUUUAGUUCUUACGUUGUUUAGAACACGCCGAGUUGAAGUUGUCCUGAAGACCUUAAUUGUUCACACGCGCCUGUGUGUGGGAAAAUGUGUGUGUGUUGUGUGCGUGUAUGAAGCAUUAUUUUCUUUGCAUAAUUCCUAACAGUAACAUGUAAAAUAUUGUAGUCAUUCAUACGUUUCUUUCAAAGCAUAAAAAAAAAAGACUGAUCCUGUUUACUAUUUAUGAUUACUCCAUCAGCGUAGUCAUGACUACGACCUGUCCUCCACGGGGGGGCUUCUUCACCCACCGUCUUGUUGUGGGCUUGAACGAACACAACAAUCUGUGUUUCUAUUGGUCAGCCAUUUCACAGCAUUCCAAUCGCCAUGACGUCAUGUCGAAGGUGCAUCACGUGUGUGUGUGUGCGUGUGUGCGUGCGUGUGUGCGUGCGUGCGUGUGUGUCCUACUCUGCCGGUAACAAUAAUAUGUCUAACCAGAGUAUUCUAGAUUGUUCUAGAGCCGCCGGGGUUUCAGCUCUCGGCCAUCGAGCGGAGACCUCGACCAACUCGCCACGUUAGACGAGAUUCAUCCAUGAUGUUAACUUUGCCUCAAUUGAUAAUUGUAAUGUUUAAAAUGUUUCCCGUACUUGGAGUUUUGAGGGAUUUUCACUCUGUAUUACUGUAGCAUACGUUUUAAAGGCAGCGGUGAGUUUUUUGUACCAUGUUUGGCUCCACUGUGCUGUAUUGACAAUAAAAGCAUUCGGUUCAUCAGUCA